GUUUCAAGUUGAUUGUGAAUAGCUCUUGUUCAGUGCGCUAUGAUAAGAUUUAUAUCUACAUCUUGCUGUGUGCUUCGGUCUCUCAAGAAUGGCACGAAACAUGAUAUUUUGGUUACUACUGAUAAUAGUCACAGAGACAAGGGUGGCUAGAAGUAGGGAGCCACCCUGUUUAACAAAGGAUAUUUGCCCUUCUAACAUGUACUGUUCCGAGCAGGCUGACUAUUCCGUCAAGUGUUAUCCAUGUCAUAGUGAGUGUGAGCCCAGCCAAGGUUGUGACGGCCCCAUGUCUGAACAGUGUCGAGCUUGUAAAACUGGCUACACCAAACAGCCUGGAUUCUCUCCAUGUAGAGCGUCAACUUGUCCUGUUGGAACUUAUGGGAAUCAAUGUCAGAAUCAAUGUCAUUGUCAUAACAAUGACCUCUGUGUGCAGGGGAGAUGUACUGGAGGCCAUUGUGAACGUGGUAGGACAGGACUGCCCUUCUGUCUAGAGGCCUGUCCCGCCCAAACGUUUGGCUUAGACUGUCGCCUUAUCUGCCACUGUAAGGACCAAGAAGACUGCAACAAGAUCCAAGGUGACUGCCCGAGCUAUCAAUGUGAUGAAGAGUGGGACGGGCCAGGAUGUCAGAGAAAACUGCCCAAACUUUAUUUCCCUCCUCAAGUGCUUCUUUCGAAGUGCAAUAAUAUCACAUUGAGAUGGUUUUCUUUUGACGAAACUGAUGAUAUUGGCCAAGGACCCAUUGGUUUGUAUAAAGUCAUGAUGAAACAAAUGAACGGUGACAUUUGGCUCAAUCCUGUCAACGUGACGGAUCCAGAUAUUGUGACAGACAUACAGACAGACAGGUCAUUGAAAAAGGCGCACGUUGUCAGCAUCACUUCCGGUCUUGUGCCUGAUGUGGAGUAUACGUUCAGAGUGGACAUUGUGGCCUCGGAGUACGACAAAUUGUUGAAAAGGACAAUUCCAGGUGAACCCAGCGAAGCCAUCUUAUACAAGUGCGACAAGUUGCCAAGUUUACUGACAGCUCCACAAGCCGUGUUCUCCUCUUGUAAUAAUCUAACAGUCACCUGGAAAGAAUUUGAUGCAUCUAAAGAUGAAGGGGGUGGACCCAUUUCGCACUACUUAGUCUUCAUAAAGGCCAACAUCACAGACUUUGUUUCAGCUUGGACUCCAAUAUACACUGUGUACUCACAGAACAGAGUUGGCUUAAGCUACACGGUCAACAUCACUACCGGACUGAUCCCCAACCUAGCGUACAAUGUCAGAGUGGACUCGGUCCCCCAAGACACCAACAACGAACCCUUAAACAAGUAUAUGGAUGGCCGAGAACUAAGAGACCCAGUCCUAAACCAAUGCGAUUGCUGAAAACACCAACAUCAACCUACGAAUGUCCACAAAUCACAUAGUGCCUUGGCAAGCAAAGAAGGUAGUUCAAUGCUAAGUUCUGUUAUAUUGUAAAUUACAGUCAGUUUCAACGUUUAACCAAACACCCAGAAACGGACAAACUUACAACCCUCAACAAAGAUGAUACAUCUGAAGCUGUUGAGUAAACAGAGAGAGUCAAUGUCUUCACUAGAGUUAACUCCCCUGGAAAAGUGUACUUAUUAAACUGAAGUAAAACAAAACACCCAACAAUCAAAUAAAGAAUUGUGGACUACGUCAA